AGAGGUACUCGAUGCUGUCCCACUUGUCUCAGAAUUUCUUUAUAAGUGCGCUCGAUUUUUCUUGUUAUCAGUUCAGUUGAUUUUUAUACGAUCAAAAUUUCCAACUAUAAGCAAGAUGAUCAAGACAAUUAUAAUUAUAACAAUUGUGUUGAAGUCCAUGUCCUGUAUAACUGUUAAAUACAAUGAAGCAGAAACUAAAGAAGAACCAACUUCCUACCCAAAGUACCACUUCGAGUACGGCGUCAAAGACGGUCAAACAGGCGACAUCAAAGAACAGACAGAAGAAAGGGACGGUGAUGCAGUCAAAGGAGAAUAUUCACUUCUUGAGCCAGAUGGCACCAUCAGAAGAGUCCAGUAUGAAGAUGACGGUAAAAGCGGGUUCAACGCCAUCGUCACUAAGAUGGGACACGCUGUACAUCCUGCUGAACCCGCGAAACAACCUGCGCCAGUGCAUUACAGGGGUUACCUGCACUGAAUUUUGAAGAAACCGUUUUUUUUUACAUUUUUAGUUAGUACCUUUCUUAGGUGUGGAUGGGGCUUAAGACAUAAAAUUGUUUUGUUGGUACUACUCGGUGGUGGCAGGUGUCCAAGAGCUGAAUAAGGAGUUCUGGGAAC